GGGGGAUGCUCAGCAAAGAAUCACACCAAGCCCCAAUAACUAUUCCGUGGCCAAUCCGAUAAAGAUCCAUGGCCGCUGGUGCCUAUCUCGCCAAGGCUUCCCUCGCUUCCACCGCUCGGCUGCAUGCUCUGAUAUCUCCCACUUCCGUCUCUAAGAGCUUCACUCCGCUCGCUACGCUUUCCCGCCACCCGGGUUUUGCGCCAGGUUUUCCCCAGGCUAAGCCGCUUCUCACGUCCUCCUUCCGCCCGAUCUCUCGGUCCCUCAGGCCCAGGCGUGCAACUCGUCUGGGAAAUUUCUCGUUAGUAUCACGUGUGACAAUGUCGACAGCUGCGGGCGAAGUGACUGAUCGGCCUGUGCCUGUAGAGGACGGCGACUACGAGUGGGAUCUGGUCACCAUCGGCGUGGGGAGCGGCGGAACCAGGGCUUCCAGGAUCGCUGCGUCGUUCGGCGCCAAGGUGGCGGCUAUCGAGCUUCCCUUCAACCCGAUCAGCUCCGACACUCAAGGAGGCGUCGGCGGAACGUGCGUGUUGCGAGGGUGUGUUCCCAAGAAGAUCCUCGUGUACGGGUCAGCUUUCAGCUCGGAGUUUGAGGACGCAGCUGGUUUCGGGUGGAGCAUCCCAGGCGCUCCCACCUUCGACUGGAAGCACCUUAUUGCGAACAAGACGCGGGAGAUUGAGCGCCUCAACGGCGUGUACAAGCGCAUCUUGGGCAAUGCAGGAGUGACUCUGGUGGAGGGGCGCGGCAAGCUGGUGGACCCGCACACCGUGGAGGUGACGUCACCGGAUGGCUCCGUGCAGAAGCUCACAGCCAAGCACAUCCUCAUUGCCGUGGGGGGCCGGCCGCAUUUGAUCGACAUCCCUGGCAAGGAGUUUGCCAUCACGUCGGACGAGGCUCUCAGCCUGGCGGAGUUCCCCAAGCGUGUGGUCAUUGUGGGGGCGGGCUACAUCGCGGUGGAGUUCGCGGGUAUUUUCCAUGGCAUGGGCGCCGAGGUGCAUCUCGUGUAUCGCCAGCCCGCCCCCCUCCGUGGCUUUGACGAGGAGAUGAGGGGAGUGGUGGCGCAGAACCUGGGUACCCGAGGCAUGAAGCUGCACCCCUCCACCAACCCCACUAAGGUGGAGAAGACUGCCACUGGAACGUAUGUGCUCCAUACUGAUAAGGGAGAGGCUCUUGAGGCUGAUGUGGUCAUGUUUGCCACUGGCCGUGCCCCCAGCACGCACAACCUUGGGUUGGAGAAUGCGGGAGUGGAGACGGACAGCAUUGGGGCCAUCAAGGUGAGCGCGUGGUCGCAGACCAACGUGCCGAGCGUGUGGGCGGUGGGGGACGUCACCAACCGCAUCAACCUCACGCCUGUGGCUCUCAUGGAGGGGCACUGCUUCGCGCGCACUGUCUUUGGCAACGACCCCGACACGCCAGACUUUGAGAACGUUGCCUCUGCUGUCUUCUGCCAGCCGCCCCUAGCCGUGGUGGGGAUGACGGAGAAGCAGGCAGUGGAGAGCUCCAGCAGCGAUGUGCUCGUGUUCACGUCCUCCUUCAACCCCAUGAAGAACACCAUCUCAGGCCGCACGGAGAAGACAUACAUGAAGCUGCUGGUUGACUCGGAGACGGAUCGAGUGCUGGGUGCCUCCAUGUGCGGCCCUGAUGCCGCUGAGAUCAUGCAGGGGCUUGGGAUUGCAAUGAAGUGCAACGUCACCAAGAAGCAGUUUGACUCUACAGUGGGGAUCCACCCAACAGCUGCUGAGGAGUUCGUCACCAUGCGGACACCCACACGCCGUUUGCCUGGGAUGAAGAAGAAAGAGUAGACAAGACACGCACGUCAAGGACUGAGAUUGGUGCAACAGUUUUCAGUCUAGAGACUGGGUAACCUUUGCCUCCAUGAGCAUGCACUUAAGUGCAGAUGAAUUAUAGUUCUGCCCAUGCCACACACUAUUGGGCACACCCUACACCUGAUCAUUGGGCCAUCAUUUUCAGCCCCCGGAACUACUCUCCUUACUCCUUCCAUCGAGUUGACACCCAUCCAACCUUGUUGCCCAGAGGUUCACACACUGAUGAAACCUCUAUUUUGCCUCAUUGGCUUGUCAUCCUCUAUUUUCACGCAAG